GCUCGGAGCAACCGCGGAGCCGCAGCAGCCCCGGGAGCAAGUCUCCGCAAACUUGCUCCGAAUUCGCUGCAGGACUCCGCGGCCGCUUCGGAGGUUCGGGAAAACUGAGCGUGCUCUCUUAGCGCGGCCUUUUAACGCUUCAAAAAUAAACAGAGGAUAAACUCGGGAAGAAAUUUUUAGCUGGAGAGAGCCGUGGCUGUGUCUGUCUCCGGGACCGUGAUAUAUAGUGACUGAAGAGCUAACUACAAUGACCCUGGAAACAGAAGGGGAAUUCUUAUAAAUCACAAAGGAAAAUAAAUAACUUCACCCAUGGAGGGAAAGAGACAGCUUGAGAAAAGGGACUUUGGAAAAAGGUUGUCUCUAGACAGCAGUCUUGUGGAAUACAUGGACUCCAAUAAAUACAUUGAGCAUCUUCUAACUCAGCUCGAGGAACAACACAGAAAUCUAUGGAGGGAGAAAUUGGCUGUGGCCCGGCUGCAGCGAGAAGUUGCCCAGAGAGGAAGUGAGGGGGCCAUGCAUGAGAAGCUGAUGCAUGAAUUGGAAGAAGAGAGACACUUACGUCUUCAGAGUGAGAAGCGGUUGCAGGAGGUGACACUGGAGUCUGAGCGCAACAGAAUUCAGAUGCGUGGCCUCCAGCAGCAGUUCUCCAGGAUGGAAGAAACAGUACGAAAUCUACUGAAGAGCCAAGGGCCUCCAGAGCAGAAAAAAGAAGAAACUGUUAAUAUAAUGGUCUAUCAGGAAAAACUGUCAGAGGAAGAGCGAAAACACAAGGAAACUUUGGACAGUCUUCACAUGGUGGUGGAUGAGGAUUCGAGGAGCGAAAGCAGCAGUGCAGAUGAGGGGAAAGAAAACACCAAAUUCCUGUUGGAAAGAUUGAAAGCUCUAGAGGCAGAGAAUUCAGCAUUGGCUUUGGAAAAUGAAAAUCAAAGGGAACAGUAUGAGCGAUGUCUUGACGAGGUAGCCAACCAAGUUGUUCAAGCUCUGCUCACUCAAAAGGAUCUAAGGGAGGAAUGUGUAAAGUUGAAAACAAGAGUGUUUGAUUUGGAACAACAGAAUCGAACGUUAAGCAUCCUGUUCCAACAGCGAAUCAGACCAACUUCUGAUCUGCUCCUCCAGAAACUUCACUCACGUAUCUUAGAUCUUUCAUCCGGAGAUUUGCUUUCAGACAUGGAAAGAAGCCGAAGUCUGAUGCAGUCACGGACUGAUGUUGAGAUGCAUGAAUGUCAGCUGAGUGCAAAAUCAGGAGUCCCUGCUUUGAAAUGCCCUGGUUUGGGGGUUGUCAUCCCUGGACGUCUCUGUCCUCGAAACAGCUGCAGCAGCAGUGAGCUGUCUCUUUCGAGUACGUGCAGCGAGUACUCCAGUGGCUCCUCCCACACGUGGCAUGACGGGAAGAACCUCAGGAAAAGGGUAAGGCCUCCUUUCAAGGCACUGGAGCAUCAGAGCGAGCCAGAAAAGAAUCCUCUUCCGGUCACAAGGUGGAAGAAAUCAUCACAAAACUGGGAUAAAAGGCUAAGUAUUGACUCUUCACUCCCGAGUGGCUUUGCUAGUCCUACAGAUGAACUACCUCCAGCUCGUAUCAAGGAAAGUCACAUUUUGGAAGGACUGAGAAAGCUACAGAAGCGAAAAGUGCUACUUGAACCCCCAUCGGUGAUAACCAAAUGGGGUUAUAAAGAUUGCAUGAACUCCAAUGAAGGGAUAUAUUCUCCAGGAAUUAAGAGCAGCAGCCUCAAGGACUAUCCCCCCUGCAAACCAGCUGACAGGAGGAGCCCCUGCAAGGAGCCCCAUGAGACAUUUGUUUAUGACACAGAUUCCCAUGAUGACGCUGACGAGGACUCUUCCUCCUUACCCUUGCUCCAGGCAGUUCCAAGCCAGGGCUGCAGGCUGCACAGUCGUCAAUUAACCCACAGUGUUUCUGACAGCCUAUUUGGCUGGGAGCCGAAUAGAAAACACUUUUCAGAAGGCACAUCCUCAGUUUACUCAAGGGAAAGGCCUGAAAAGCUGGCCAGUUGUGCCAGCAACUGCCCCUUGGAGAGGAAGCUGUGCCCGCAUGUACAGAUGCCUCAGGUACGGAGAGAGAGAGAGCCGUGCGACCCUGGUUCUGGCCAUGUGGCUCUCAGUCUCCAGCUUUCAGACACCGAUGACAAUGAAGCCCUUGACGAGUUGCACAUAGGUAGCAGUGACGAGAAAAGCCCUUCAGACUUGUCACUGACUGCUGACACUGACAAGUCCAUGGAGAAUCUGGACAUCCUUGUGGGAUUUGGAAAAUCUCAACUUGGGUCUCCCGAAGAGGAGGAAAAACAAGUACCCAUCCCCUUAGAGAGUCGGCCAAAGACAUUUAGCUUCAUUAAGCAGCAGAGGGUUGUAAAAAGGACUUCUUCAGAAGAAUGCAUUACUGUCAUCUUUGAUGCCGAAGACGGCGAGCCCAUUGAAUUCAGCUCUCACCAGACAGGCAUUGUCACCGUUACCAGAAAUGAGAUUUCCAUCAACCAAGCCCCUACUGGACCCAAGGCAGAACACACUGAACUUUCACCUCAGGGAAUUGCUCAUUUACAGCUGGGAGCUGCUGCAAGAGACUACACUUUCCUAAAGAGACCUGAAGAGGAAACCAAGAAAAACAUUCCAAAAGGUGACAUAGAUAACAUGGUGGUGGCCCGCAAUGGUUCCUUCAGCCCCAGGACAGUAACACAAAGUCCUCAGCGACAAAGACCAGGCAAACCAGCAUUGAAUUUGUCAUGCCAGAGUAGUUCUAGGUCUUCGGUGUCCAUGGGUAUCUAUCAAAAGCAGAGUCUGACAAAAGGCCCUGCCAGAGGCAAGGCUUCACCUCAGAAGUCAAAAAUAAUGGAGCCUGAAGCCUCAGCAAGAGUCCCCUCCUCUGGCCCCGUGUCUCUUGAAAAAUCUCCAGCCUUAGCUCCUGGGAAACUCUCCCGAUUUAAGAAGACUGAGGGCCCAGCACCCCUUUUUGAUUUACAUAUGGAUUCACACAUUCCAAAACACCCCAGCCAACUGCUUCAUGGCUCCAAAAUGUCCAGCAGAAAAGACUGGGUCCCAUGCUCCAAGAAUCAGAUUCCAGCGUCACAGUUGCUGCCAAGGUCCCUCACUGAGCCUAGUGAUAAUGGAGAAUCCCUGACGAGGGACAAACACUGUGACUCUGGGCCAGAGGCAGGGGUGAAGUCACCUUCCCCCCCACCCCCUCCAGACAGGUCAGGCUCCCUUCUCGUCAGGCCCAGUUACGGCUAUAUGCCACCACCCUCAUCAGCCAAGCCUGAAACCAGGGUCCCCAGUGAAGCAGCAAGGACUAUGUACAAAUCCCCCCCUCUGAAAGGACCCUCUGCUCCUAUUAUUUCUUCUAAUCAGAUCCUGGCAGAAGUGCCGGGGAAGAAACCUUCUGUGGCCUUCAGAAAGCCUGUCUUCACUCACCCUCCACCCUCCACAGAAACAGUGAUUCAAACCAGAUGUUCCGCACAUACCCCCUCCAGCUCCUUUGCUGUGAUGGCCCCAGGGCCCCCAAAGGUCUCCCCAAAGAGAGGUGUCCCCAAAACUCCACCUCACCAAAUGCUUGGGACCACACAAAUGGACCCUGGGUUACGGACUCCCAAGAAUUGCCCUUUAGCCCAUGAGCCACUGGAAAUCCUGUCCUCCAAAAGUGUGUCUCCAGGAAGAAAAGGACAGCUGAAUGACUGUGUCCCCACAUCAGCUAAGCCUUCUUUCUUAGGGGUGAAUGAGGCACCAUCAUCUCAGGUUAGCAGUCACUCAUCAUCACCGUCUUCCAAAAGCCAUAACACCCCAUAUGGUUGUCCAAACACUCAUGAGAAAGGCCUGAAAACUCGCCUCCCGGUUGGGCUCAAGGUUCUCAUGAAGUCUCCCCAGUUACUCAGGAAAAGUUCCACGGUGCCAGGGAAACAUGAAAAAGACAGUCUGAAUGAAGCCUCUAAAAGUUCUGUGGAUGGGAGCAAGUCUAAGCCUGAGGACGUGGGGAAUCCAGUGAGCCUGGAGACCGUAAGGGAUGAAAGAAAUGUGACUCCACUGGGUUUUCAGGUACAAGACAGGCUGCCUGAAGGGAUUCCCCUGGAUACAACAAUGCCAGAGUCAUUAGAAAACUGCGUCCCUGGGGCUGAUGGAAAAGAUGGGGUAGAAAACAAGUCUGUGAAAAGAUCCCUCUCCUCCAGUAAGCCACACCUAAAACCAGCCCUAGGCAUGAAUGGGGCCAAAGCCCGCAGUCAGAGUUUCAGCACUUACUCAGGAGACAAGCCCCCUACACCGCCCAUGGAAGGGUCCGGCAAAGUUCGGACUCAGAUUAUCACCAACACUGCUGAGAGAGGCAAUUCCCUCACCCGGCAGAGUUCUUCCACGGAAGGCUUGCCUAAGACCCCUUCUGCCCCCAUGUCUGAUGGUCUUUCCGGUGCUGGGAGGCCUCUGGGGCAUCCCUCCUCCAGGCAAGGCUCCCCCAGGAGUACAGGCAGCUCCAGCAGCCAGCAUGGGAGCCCAAGCAAGUUGCCUUUGAGAGUCCCUCCCAAAUCCGAAGAGCUCCCCACCCCAUGUGGAAUGGAAGACGAGGAGGGUUACCCCGAGGGAGGGGGCCCCAGGGAGGCUGUCCCUGAGGAAACAAGCAGCGACCACUACAGAUAUCCACCCACCCCAGCAGACUGCCCACAAGCCCUGCAGAAUCCUGGGAGGACACAGCAUCCGACCAAUUUUGAACCGAGCAGGACAUCCAAGCUAGAGACUUCUGGAAGGUGUCCAGAUACUUCUACAACCAGGACUGGCGCUGUGAGCCCCGAAGCCCCCCUCUCACCUACAAUUGAAGAAAAGGUCAUGUUGUGCAUUCAGGAAAAUGUGGAAAAGGGCCAAGUGCAAACAAAGUCCCCCUCUGUGGAAGCAAAGCCAAAGCCCGGGCCUUCUUUUGCCAGCUGGUUUGGUUUUCGGAGUAGACUUCCAGCUCUCAGUAGCAGGAAAAUGGAUGUCUCCAAAACCAAAGUGGAAAAAAAAGAUGCAAAAGGUUUGGGGUUUGGAAACAAACAACUAAAAUCGGAGAAGAAAAAAGAGAAAAAGAAGCCUGAGCUGCAGCGUAAAAUAGAAAAUGAACUUACCAGGAACACCAAGGUGGCGGAGAGUCCAGACAGUAGUUUACGAAGCAAAAAUGAUCUGAAAACACCGCAAGGCAUUUAUGACCAAAUGAAGUUUGAACCAAGAAAUAGACCCAGUCCUGUUACAUGUUCUACUAAAGAUACGUUUAUGACGGAACUUUUGAACAGAGUUGAUAAGAAAGCAGCUCAACAGACAGAAAGUGGAUCAAAUAAUGUUUCCUGCAGGAGUGUGUUAAAGGGCAGCUUCCAGGGCUCCUGUCUCACCAGCAGCUCUGCAAGCACUCAAGGAAACCACAAGAAAAACAUCAAAACCAAGGCCGAUGUGGAAAUACCGAAAGGCUCCCUGAUAAAAGAAGCAAGUGUGAGCCUGCAGGAGGAUGAAGAUACAGUUGCAGAUUCCACGUUUCAGAGCCACAUCAUAGAAUCCAACUGCCUGAUGAGGACGCUGGACAGUGGGAUUGGAACCUUCCCACUCCCAGACUCGGGAAAUCGCUCCACAGGGCGGUACCUGUGCCACCCAGACUUCCCAGAGGACACCGAGCCCAUCCUGUCUCUCCAGCCGGCACUCUGUGCUGCUUCUUCCAUCAGAGCUCAAACCCUUGAACGAGAAGUGCCUUCCUCUGCAGACAGCCAGGCCUCUGCAGAUAAUACCAUUGUUCAUUCCACAUCCGACCCCAUCAUGACGGCCAGGGCCAUACGGCCUCUUGAGAGUCGCCUCCCCAAACCAGCUUCCUCAGGAAAAAUCAAUUCCCAAAAGCAGAAUGAAGCAGAGCCAAGGCCUCAGACCUGCUCGUCAUUUGAAUAUACCGAAAACGCCAUUACAAGCGAGCAGCUUCCAGACUGGGGGGGUGAAGGCCCCAUGGCUGAGACCCAGGACAAGGUACCCAGAAUGUGUGCGUACUCUGCCAGUGCUGGCAGUGCUAGUGACAGUGACCUGGACUAUGGAGAUAAUGGUUUUGGAGCUGGAAGGGGCAAGUUAGUGCAAGCAAUGAAGAGCGCCACCCAAGGGCCUUGGACAAGGCAUGAGCAAGGGACCGAGGUGGAAAGACAGCAAACCACCAGCAGGAUGUCGGACGAGUCAAGACCCAGGGAGCUGGGACAAUGGAGCUCCAGUCUCAGGAUGAGGGGAGGCCAGGGGAGUCUCACCCCUCGCUGAACGUGCUGGACCUAAUUAGUAAAAAGUCAAAUAAUAAUCCCUAGCCAAUGCUUAUCUCCCUAGCUUCUGACUCAUCUACCAGGCUGUCCCCCAACCCCCUGCCGUCACCAGCCCCACCAGGUAUCUCAAAGGCAAAAGGCCAAACUGACACCUUUCUUUUUCCCUCUAGAAAUCUCUGCCUCCCAGGCUCUCUGUCUCAACUGGCAGUCUCUCCAUUCUUUUAGGAAUAUAGUCUAUGAAGCUAAUUUGCCUUGACUCUUUCUUCUCUCACCUCCUAUAUUCUGGCUGUCCUGAGAUCCUGCUGGCUUCCCUCCCCUUAUACUUCUUGAAUAUUUCCUCUUUUUAACCCCUCCACCCGUGCUCCAGCAGUGCCUUCAUGAACCUACAUAGCCUACUGCCUCCCUUUGUUCCUUGCCCACUGCCAGUCCCUUCUCCCAUAAAUGCAUCAUCCCCACCGCCUUCAUGCCUCUCAUAUUGUACCUUUUACUGGAAACUCUUCUAGAACUCUCCAUUACCCACAGACAAAAUCCAGUCUCCUCCUCUACAAGAUCCACAGAACCCAUCUUGGCCUUGCCUUUCUGACAUUAUAUUUUUCCAUUUCCUGUUUUAAACUUCAUGCGACAUCAGACUGCUCCCUUGUGUCCUGGCUACAGGAUGCUGUUAUGGUCUUCCUUAGCUUUGCUUCCUUGGUGAGACAACGAAGUGGUCUCACUUCCUGGAAUGUCCUACAUACCAACACCUAUCUUCUCUAACCUUCAUAUAACUUCUACUUAGUCUUUAAGUUUCAGUUCAGACUUUACCUCCUCCAUGGUGGAAGUCUUCUCAGAUAUCCGUCCAUCAGCCAUGCCCAAAUUACUCUUCCCUAUCUGUUCUCCUGUAAUGCCCUGAAUUUAGUUCUGUCACUAAAUUUGAGGUUAUACUUUCUUCUUUGCAUGUUCAACUCUCUCACUAAUGCCAAGAUCGCUCCUUGUUCAUUUUCUGCACUUAACACAGGGCCUAGCACACCAUACUUAUUUAAUAAAUGUUAAGCAACAUCACGAAUAUUGAAUAUAAUUGCAACUAAAUCAUACAACUGGUUAAGGCCUUAUUUAGCUUCUCACACACACACAUUCUUCAUCCAUUUGGGCCUUACCUUGUCCAGAGGAAGAAAGACCCAGAGCAGUUAGAUACAGCUGAGGGCUGUGCUAGAGAAAGCAAUGAAUCUUAUUGGCUGUGGAGGCCAAUAAGAAACGUUUGCUUUCUUACUUCCUUUCAAUGGCUCCAUGCAGCCUGGCUUGAUUUUCAUAAUCUCUGCCCCCGUUUAGG